AUGGCCGAAUCCGACGGGCCAAACCAGGCUGCCACCACCCCAGGACCCGAGUCUCCUUCUCCAGCGGACCAUGAGCGCCCCAGGCGACCGUCCGUCGCCUCCAGGAUAUCAUACAAGGUCCGCAGCCUGUCCAAGGACUUUGAGGAGUCCAACCCACCCGGCGGCUUCAUGGCAGCCACCAGCGAGUUUGCCUCAUCAGCCGUCGCCGGUGCAGAAUCCCCCAGGAGAAGCAGUUAUACCAACAGCGCCCAAUCCCUCCCCCGGCGGCGCACCACCAUGUCUGAUCAGUCCGUCGACCCAGCUCCCCGCGAGAGCGCCGAGUACGUCAAGACAACACCAAAGGACGACGACACAGUAGCAGCGCCAGACACGGCGGUGGCCACAUCGGGCCCAGUCGAGAAGGACCCCUCUAAAGCCACGUCGGACGAGGCUACGAUCGCCGCCAAAAGCGAGCAGGAGUCCCACGACCACGAGGGCAAGCCGGUGCCGCUCACCGAGCCCUUCGACAACGGCUACCACUUCCCGCCGUCGUACCCCAAGCGUGAGGCCUUCAAACACGGCACGGUGGCCUUCCUGCGCUACUCGAUCACGCCCGUGGGCUUCUGCGUCGUGCUGUACGGCCUGAACGUGGUCGCCUGGGGCGGCAUGCUCUUCCUGCUGCUCUGCAACGCCUCGCCCGCCAUGUGCUACCCGAACUGCAACGACAUCAACUCCCCCCGCCGCAAAUGGGUCGAGUACGACUCGCAAGUCCUCACCGCGCUCUUCAGCUUGACGGGUUUCGGGCUCGCCCCCUGGCGCUUCCGCGAUCUCUACUACCUCAUGAAGUUUCGCCUGCAGGGUCGCCACGACGGUCUCCGCCGCCUCGCCGGCAUCCAUCGUGGCUGGUUCCGCAUGCCUGGCACCCAAGACAUCCCCGUCGAUGUCGGCCCCGCCAAUGUGGAGGAGCAGCUCCGCGCCGGCGCCGUGCAGGAGGCCGUGGUCCCCGUCCCGCCGAGCAAGAUUUCCGAGGCGCCGCCCACUGGCAUCCGUGCCCCGGCCACCAAGGUCUGGAAGAUGGACUUCAUGAUCUGGAUGAUGGUAUGGAACACGCUGUUCCAGUGUGUCCUGUCCGGCGUCAUGUGGGGCAUGAACCGCUACGACCGCCCCAGCUGGUCGACGGGGCUUUUCGUGGCGCUGGGCUGCAUCGUCGCCGCCGUAGGCGGCCUUGUCAUGUUCUUCGAGGGCAAGAACGUGAAGAGCAUCGAGGGCGUGCCCCUGACCGACCGCGACAGGGCCAGGCUGGAGAGGGACCAGGAGCUCGGGAUCACCCACUACAACAACAUCAAGGACAAGCCGCUCGAGGAGAAGAAGAAGAAGAGUAAGAAGAGCAAGUGGAGCAAGAAGAGCGAGAGCGAGAACGGCGACGCCAAGGAGAAGGCGGGCUCCUGA